AAAAGCUGAUGAUUUAUUGUUUCCUGAGUAAUAACGUAGUCCGUUCGAGACUCUUUAAAAAUAAACUCGAUGGUGCAAAUAAAUAUAUUAUUGAUUUUGUGUAUUACCUCUGCGAAUUAUGGACCGAGCGAAGAGUAAUGGGUGAAAUUAUGCCUCAAUAGUUUUGAGAUGGAGUUUUUUUUGCGAAAUCGGGGAGACCAUUGUGGCGUUCGCAGAAGCAUUUUCUUGUAUUAUUUCGAAGAUUUUUCUUCAUAUAUCAGUGUUUUUGUUUGAGGUUUAUUGUGUUAUCGUCCGUGCUGCGGUUUGCAAGACGUCAUGUAUUAUCUAGUUAUCUAACAAUUGUGAUCAGACUGGAGGGGCACACAGUGCCCUCACUUUGUCCAACGGACGCUGGCACCACGUUGGCUCCUUCUAGCCCAGAUAUGGACGAUGGCAGCAGCAAGAGGCAAGCCACGAGGGUUUUUAAGAAAAGUUCUCCCAACGGAAAGAUAACGGUAUAUCUAGGGAAGCGAGAUUUCGUCGAUCACAUAGACCACGUGGACCCUAUAGAUGGCGUUGUUCUCAUCGAUCCCGAUUAUGUAAAAGAUAGGAAAGUUUUCGGCCAUGUUUUGGCCGCGUUCAGGUAUGGUCGCGAAGACUUAGACGUUUUAGGACUUACUUUUCGUAAGGACCUUUACUUGGCAGCCGAGCAGAUUUACCCUCCGGAGAGCAAAAAUAAAAGAGAACCAACUAGGCUUCAGGAGCGUCUUAUAAAAAAAUUGGGACCAAACGCUUAUCCUUUCUAUUUUGAAUUGCCGCCGCAUUGUCCAGCCUCCGUAACCUUGCAGCCUGCUCCUGGCGAUACGGGGAAGCCUUGCGGCGUUGAUUACGAGCUUAAAGCGUUUGUCGGCGAAUCUCAAGAUGACAAACCCCACAAAAGGAAUUCAGUUAGAUUGGCUAUUCGUAAGAUAAUGUAUGCACCAAGCAAACAGGGCGAACAACCAUCGGUCGAAGUUAGUAAGGAGUUCAUGAUGAGUCCGAAUAAAUUACAUUUAGAAGCUUCGCUAGACAAGGAAUUGUAUCAUCACGGCGAAAAUAUCGCCGUCAACGUCCACAUAGCCAACAAUUCCAAUAGGACAGUCAAGAAAAUUAAAGUUUCGGUGCGGCAGUUCGCUGACAUUUGCCUUUUUUCUACUGCUCAGUAUAAAUGUAUAGUUGCUGAAACGGAGAGCGAUGCAGGUUGUCCGAUACCGCAAGGGUGUACAUUGAAUAAGGUGUUCUCAGUAAGGCCACUUUUGGCCAAUAACAAGGACAAAAGAGGCUUGGCCUUAGACGGCCAGCUAAAGCAUGAGGACACCAAUUUGGCUUCGUCCACUAUUGAAAGCUGUCCCAUCGGCCCAGGCUUCACUUUGAGCAAAGUGUUCACUCUAACACCUCUUCUGGCCAAUAAUAAGGAUAAGUGGGGCCUCGCCUUGGACGGACAGUUAAAGCACGAGGAUACUAACUUAGCAUCGAGUACUUUAGUUGCCGAUCCGUCACAGAGAGAAAAUUUGGGAAUUAUUGUCCAAUAUAAAGUUAAAGUUAAGUUAUGUUUAGGAGCUCUGGGAGGGGAUUUAGUAGCCGAGCUCCCAUUUAUUCUUAUGCACCCGAAACCGGAGGAAGAAACACCACCGCCUGCGCCAGGAUCGCGAAGAUCGAGCAAAGACGUAGGAGUAGAUGUUCCUGUCGAUGCCAACUUGAUUCAACUGGACGCCGACGAGAAUAACUUGCAAGAUCACGACGAUGACAUAAUAUUUGAAGAUUUCGCUCGUCUUCGAUUAAAGGGAGGUGAGACUGACGCAUGAAAGAAGGUACAGGCUAUGGCUAUGCAGCCUGCCCGUCCAUUCCAACCCAUACGUACUGAUGUGUAUAUCAGCUGCGAUUAGGUGUGAACCCAUGAUCCAAGUGUGUGCCCUAGUCAUCGGCUGUGCUGCCAGUCACAACCAGAAUGCACCCAUUUAUUCUAUUUUAGGGCAGGGGUUUUUAAUAAAUAAACAUAAUCGGAGCACUCGUUU